AUGUCCCCUGCGGGCAAGGCCGCGCAUCGUUGUACUCGGCCCUCGUGGAGAGGGCAGAACAUAUACAGGCCGCUGUUCGCUUCGCAGCCAAGUAUAACCUCCGGCUGCUCUACUGCGCCAGAGUCGCUGCAGAUAUCGACCAAUAAGAUCAAGAGCAUGGCCUCUACAAACAGGUUUGUUCCAGAGGGGGCGGCUGGUAGUACUUCCGAGUCGUUUGGUUCUGCCGUGACGAUUGGCGUCGGAGUCCAACUUAAGGAACUGUACGUAGCAGCUACGAAGCAUAAUGUUACCGUGGUUGCUGGGGUAGCACAUACUGUUGGUGCUGGUGGUGGUUAUAUUCAGGGCGGAGGCCAUUCGCCACUGGGCAACUGGAAGGAGAUGGCGUCUGUUAAUGCGUUGGAGUUCAAGGUUGUCAAUGCCAAGGGCGGACUAGUCACGGCGAACAACUACAAGAACAAAGACCUCUUCUGGGCUCUGCGCGGGGGCGGAGGCGGCACAUUCGGCGUCGUCGUCAGCGUCACCAUCAGCACAUUCCCAGAUGUACCCUCUGGUUUCGUGAGCUUCGGCUUCGACAUGGCGAGAGCCUUCCACGCCCAUCUCCCAUCUGUAUCGGCGGCCGGAGGAGCAGGAUACUACGGAAUCAGCUCCGUACCAAGCGACACCAACGGAGCCAAGGUGCUCGAAUUGACAGGAGGCUUCGGAUUUCUCAACCUGAGCGAAGAAGUUAUUCAAAAGGCUGUAGCCCCCGUGGUGGCAGAGGUGAAUAGGUACGCCGGUCGUGGAUCCGGGUACAACGUCUCCAUCACCCGCCGAGUAUCAAAUUACAUCCUUGGCUUACUCCGCGGCGAGGCCGACGACACAGGCGGCAUUGCGGUGGCCGGCUCACGUGUCGUCGUUGCCGGCGGAGCGGCUGCCGAUACUGCCAUCGACUCGGCUCUCAAUCCCUCCUGGCGGAAGACAGCCACUCACAUUAUCUUUGGAGCAGGCUGGAACAGCACCACUCCUGCGGAUGAAAUAAGGGCUAUUCAGGAGGAGCUGACGAAUGUCAAGGUGGAAAAGCUGCGAGUUUUGGAGCCGCAUAUGGGCGCGUACCUCAACGAGGACUUUCAGAAGUCCUUCGGGGGGGGCGAAUUACGCCAGGCUGUACAAGGUGAAGCAGGCUGUGGAUCCGGACAAUUUGUUCAUUGCGCGCAAGGGAGUGGGCAGCGAGAAUUGGGAUGA